AGUGCUUCCCCACCAACACCACCUCACUAACCUGCCCUUACUCCCCGACAGCACAGGACGCCUCGACGACGCUCCCCUCUCUGGUUCGACUGCGUGUUUGUAGGCGUGCGGCGUAGACUCCACUCCACGGCCUGUAUUUUUGCCUCUCUCGUUUUCACUUGCACCUUCUCCUAAUCUCGCUGUUCGCCGUCGGUGACUGCCCGAGGCCCUCGAUCACACCGCCCACCACCUGCACCCGACUUCCCUUCCGGCUACCUUGUAGCAGGGUUUGGUCCAGCUCAUGGUUGUCUGAGUUCGUGUAGCUCUUCCCACGCCCCCCUCCGCCGUGCCAUCCUUGCGUGUCCUGGCCCCAGGACCUCCUCCCUUUACACCUUUUCAGUGGAUGCUUCACUUGGUCCGCUGGCAGUGAACUGGUUCACGAGUCAACUUCAGCAGCUGCGUCUGUGGCAGAGGCCCAACCCCGCUGUGCGUUUACUCCAACGACACGGUGGUGCAAGAUGGCCUCGGUCCCACCAGCCAACAGCUGCGACCCCGGAUCAAAGACCGUGCAACAGCAAGUCAUGGAUCCCUACAGCACCUUUGGACAGCUUUCCUUCGCCAAAGCCACUCGUACAACUGUAGUCACAACUACUACCACGACCACGACGUCGCUCCCUCCGAUGCUGAUGAAAGCCCCGCGAAGCCUGAAAGAGAGGGACUCGAAGGAAUACCCUCUUGCUCAUACCCCAGCCCCCGAAUCGAUCCGGAAGUUUGCUUUUGACAUCGAUGGUCUUCAGGCAUGCUUUGAAGAGGCCAACAACAUUGAGGAGAAAGUGCAAGAGCAUAAAUCCCUCCACGAUGACCUUCUCACCUCGAACGGGAAGAUCAGGACAGUAGAAUCGUUCGAGGGUCCCCCUGGAUUCACCACGCCGAGCCGAGCACCACACUCACAUUCCACCACUCUUCACACAGCAAAACGACCAGUAUCGGGUCGAAGGAAACGGUCAUCAUCCCCACCGUCGAUCGCCGAGGCUGCGGAAAUUGCCAGCUACCACCGGCAACGCAACAAGAGACCACGGGCUUUUGGUCACGAUUUGAAAAUGGGAAAUAAUUCACAGAUUGGUUCAACCUUCACACCCGAGGAGAUGGACGAAGGUGUUCCCGCUACCCCAGAUACGGAUGCAGGCAGUUCCGGCUUCUUCAAAAUUCCAGAGGCGAGAAUCGGCCCAAGAAGAGCAAACCUAAGGUCAUCAUCGCAGCAGGGCCAGCGACAACCCAUUCCUGGUCCAUGGCGGCUGCAGCAGUCCUUCCCAGGGCCAUCCAACACAGGGCAAGGAGAAUUGUUUGGUGCAUUACCAACGGGCAGUCAACCUUCGUCCCAUGAAACCACAUAUUGUACUUCUGUGUUGGACGGUCCGGGCAUUUCUGCCACGCCACCUAUUGCCGAGACUGACUUGGAGCCCAUCGGGCCGUUCACCACCAACGACAGUGCUUUCCCACAAGCCGGAAGGCCAACCCCACUAGACACAGUUUCUGCACAAGAUGCCAGCUUACCAAGCCCCAGCUUGUCACCGAUCACCGCAGCUGCUACUCUUGCACAGCAACCUACCAUGGGAGCAUCUUUCCUUGGAGAUGAUGGGGAUGAUGAUUCCAACGAAGUCUCGAGCCUUGACAUAUCUCAGAACUCCAUUGGUAUGCACAGACACGGUCUCUCUCCAAACUCAAGGAGGAUUGAGUUGCCGCAAAUGCAUGGUGGAAUAAGCCCAAAUCCCCAGCUACUAACGCCUACAGUGAUGGACAUUCCGACCAUGCUAGAUUCAUUUGAUGCGAUGCCGGAAAAGAUGAAGACAUAUGUCAUGUAUCAGCUCCUCCGCAGAUGCACAAAGCCCACCCUCCAUUUCGUCGCGGACGUUGUGAACCCAGCAUUGAAGUGUGACUUCAUUGGAUUGCUUCCCCUCGAACUAAGCUUGAAUAUCAUUAAAUACCUAGACGUCAAGAGUAUGUGCAGCGCUGCACAAGUGUCAAGGAGGUGGAGACAUAUCAUCGAUACAGACGAGACGGCUUGGAAAGAACUCUUGGAGAAAGAUGGCUACAGCCUACCCGAUGGUGAGCUAGAGCGUGCAGUAAAAGAGGGAUGGGGGUGGCAGUAUCCACAUUCAUCAGAGAGCUUCGAGCGUGACCUUCGACUUACUACCUAUAACACUAAAUCCGAUAGUGAGAACUCUCCAGGUUCUUCUGGUUCGAGCGUUCUUGGAAAUAAUAUUGACGGCGAGGGAGCAGUGCUAAGAUCGUCGUCGGGACGACCUAAAAGGAAGGCAACUAGCAAGCAUGGAACGUCCAAGAAAUUACGCAAAAAGGGUCCAUCCACGUCCAAAUCCCAAGCACCAUUGUUCGCGAGGGCUGCCGGACUCCAACAUGGACCAAUUGCCAUUGCAGAAGUUGCAGCAGCAGCUAUACCGAGUCCUAAUAUUGGUUUACUAAGCCUGCGGAGCAUGCAUCUUUUCAAAUCCCUAUACCAGAGACAUCACCUCAUCCGAAAGAGCUGGAUGGAAGAGGACACAAGGCCGAAACAUAUCGCGUUCCGCGCCCAUCAACGCCAUGUUGUCACCUGCCUUCAAUUCGACACAGACAAGAUUCUCACCGGAAGUGACGAUACCAAUAUCAAUGUCUACGACACUAAGACAGGAGCUUUGCGCAGUCGUCUCGAGGGCCACGAAGGCGGCGUGUGGGCUCUGCAGUACGAAGGCAAUACUUUGGUGUCUGGGUCGACUGACCGUUCCGUACGCGUGUGGGACAUUGAGCGAGGCAAGUGCACACAAGUCUUCCAAGGCCACACGUCUACAGUCCGCUGUCUUGUGAUCCUCAAGCCUACACAGAUUGGCGAGACGAUUGAUGGGCAACCGAUCAUGAUGCCGAAGGAGCCUCUGAUUAUUACCGGCUCGCGGGAUUCAACCCUACGCGUGUGGAAGCUUCCCCAAGCAGGCGAGAGAAGCAUUAUGCAGGCUGGACCCCCUGCUAAUGACCACGACAAUCCCUACUUCAUCCGGGCCUUAACCGGACAUCACCACUCUGUGCGUGCAAUUGCUGCACAUGGCGACACCCUUGUGAGCGGCAGUUAUGAUUGCACUGUGCGUGUCUGGAAGAUCUCAACGGGAGAUGUUUUGCAUCGACUCCAAGGCCAUUCUCAAAAGGUUUAUAGUGUUGUGUUGGAUCAUGUGCGCAGCCGCUGUAUCAGUGGUUCGAUGGACAACCUAGUCAAAGUCUGGUCCCUCGAAACUGGGCAAUGCCUAUUCAACUUGGAAGGCCACACCUCACUUGUUGGUCUGUUAGACUUGAGCCAUGAACGGCUUGUUUCUGCCGCAGCCGAUUCGACAUUGCGCAUCUGGGAUCCUGAAAACGGUCAGUGCAGGAGCACACUCUGCGCACACACUGGUGCCAUUACCUGCUUCCAACAUGAUGGUCAAAAGGUCAUUUCUGGGUCAGAUCGCACAUUGAAGAUGUGGAAUGUUAAGACAGGCGAAUUUGUAAAAGAUCUAUUGACAGACCUGAGUGGAGUGUGGCAGGUCAAAUUCAACGAACGACGAUGCGUGGCCGCUGUUCAGCGGAACAACAUGACCUACAUCGAGGUCCUGGACUUCGGUGCUGCACGCGACGGCGUUCCUCCUGAUCAGCGAGGACGCCGGAUUGUCGUUAAUUCAAAAGGGCAUGAAACAGAAGACGUGGAGGACAUUAUCGAGGUUGAUCCUGCGUAGUGGUCCACCAGAUCUUUGGAGAAGAUUCACGAUUGCACAUAUUCUGAGUAUGGUUUAAAAGCAAUACCCCUUACACGAUUUCCGAAUAUCUUUACGAUCGAACGGCCUUAGGCGGAUGCCCUGAGUAUUUCAGGAACCAGCAUGACAAGUCACAUGGGUGGCAAAGUUCUGUUUUUUCUCGUUGCUUCCCAGAUGGGGCAGCGGGCCAUUGGCAUUAAUCCUUUACAUAUGACGGUGUAUCAUGCAGUAUAUAUAGGUUGACUAUGGCGUUUUCUGAUAGGGAGGUUUACAUUGCAUGAUUAAGGCGCUUGAUUCCCUACCUGCUUUCAGGUUGCUUCUUGGAGCAGUCUUCGGAUGAAUUUCCAAGCAGGGUUUUUUUCUGUUCCAUGGAUUCAUGGGAUGAUGGAUAGAGCGAACGAAUCAAAA